AUGUCAGACUUGCAGAAUCCCACCAAUCCCGACUACAACCCUGAGCUGGAUGCGUCCCACGGUAUGGGCCAAUCAUCGUUAGGGAACCAGAAUUCCCUCAAACGCGAGCCGUCCUCGCUCCAGGACGAUGACGAUGAGGAGGACAAAAAGGGAGGGCGCGAAAGGCGCAAGAUCGAAAUUAAGUUUAUUCAAGACAAGUCCCGUCGUCACAUUACGUUUUCAAAACGCAAGUAUGGAAUUAUGAAAAAGGCCUACGAGCUCUCGGUGCUGACGGGCACCCAGGUCCUUUUGCUGGUUGUUUCUGAAACGGGUCUUGUUUACACCUUCACUACUCCCAAACUGCAGCCCCUCGUGACCAAGCCGGAGGGCAAGAACCUCAUCCAGUCGUGUCUCAAUGCUCCAGACGAGUCCGAUGCAGACACCCCGGGCCAGGACGACAAGAAAGACCCCCAGGACGGUAUGCCUGAUGGUAUGCCCAAUCCGCCGCGCCAGGCUAUGGUGCCCAACCAGCAGGGCCCUGGUGUGGUGCCAAUGCCGCCUCAGGGCAUCCCCAUGGACGCCCAUCACCCCGGCAUGAUGGCCAUGCCCGAGGGAGUCCCCCAGCACGCCCCUCAAAUGGUCGAUGAUCUCCGCAUGCGCAUGGCCCGUGCUCAGCCCCCGAAUGGCAUGGCCGACCAGUACGUGGGCCCAGAGUACCCACAGUAUAUGCCGGUGACCCAGCAGCACCGCCGCUUUAACUGA